CUCACCACCACGACGUCAGAGGACGCGAGGAUGGACGUCUUCCGCGGUCACUGCAGGCGCGCGGACACGAUUGCUUGGUCGUCCUCUUUGUGUGCGGCAUGUUUGCGUAUUGCAGGACUGGCUUUCCCCCCUCUGGAGAAUAUACUAGGGGUCUCUUUGUCUCCCGCGAACGAUCCGUCUGCCCUCCUGCCACCGGUCAUCCUCACGCCCACGCGUCCCACGCUGACCACGACUACACCCAGCAUCCAGAGUAUUCGCGCCCUCCAGUGUCCUCGCAGCAAGAGCAGCGUGUGGUCAAAAGCUUUCGUGGUGCGUCCUUGGAACCUCGACAGGCCGCACGUCGCGCCCGGAACGGCAGUCGCAUCUCUGGUAUAUCUUAUGCGACACGACACCAUCUGUGGGUGAACUGCGAAAGUCCCUGGAUCGAACGAUCAAAGCCGUGCGUUUUCUCCCUUAGUUGGGCGCAGCGCGGGUGUCUCAUGGGGCACCUUCGUGGACCGUGGCUCAUGUCUAACCAUCAAUGCGAACACGUACGGGCGAAGUAUCUCCUCGCUGAACUGUUUGCGACGCUGCAGUCGAAGACCUCCGGCCCUACUCCCUUACGACGCAUAUUUACCGAACUUGUACGCCACCCGCCGAAGGUCUCGCAAGGUUAUAUCCGUCGGGUCUCACCGCGUACGUCACGCCCGGCGAGAGUCUCUUGCGGCUGAGCAGCGGGGGCACCGCGCUCCCUGUUUGUCGGU